UUUGAAAAUUAUACACAGGAAGUGGCUAAGUCGUUUCUGCUGACUUUGUGCCGUUCCUUGUGUUGACGUCCUGAUUUUGGCGUCUGCGUUGGCUUUCUUCGACAAGUACAGGAAGUUAACUCCGAGCUUGGAAAGGAUUUCAGCUGGGAUCAUAACGCAUCGCCAUGAAUUUGGAACGGCUCCCCAAUGAGGAGAAACUCAGCCUAUGCAGAAAAUAUUAUUUAGGGGGAUUUGCAUUCCUUCCAUUCCUCUGGCUAGUCAAUGUAGUAUGGUUUUUCCGAGAGGCCUUUGUUAAGCCAGCCUACACCGAGCAACUGCAGAUCAAAACAUAUGUGAAGCGAUCGGCAUUAGGAUUACUACUAUGGGUAGCAGUGCUCACCACAUGGAUAACAAUAUUCCAGCAUUUCCGAGCAGAGUGGGGGGAGGUGGCAGAUAACCUCUCAUUUACCAUUCCACUAGGCAUUCCUUGAAACAGUUUUUGAACACAUAUCUGCUGGAAAUAACAAAUGGUCCACAAUAGGCCAAAGAAUGUCCCCUCUUAGAGGAAAAUUGCAUUAAGUGUUGCAGGCUUUUAAACUAAAUUGAUCCAGGACAAAAUUAAUUUACUGAAAAGAUUUGAUGGUUAUGCUUUUGCUGCAAAGUAAACAUUCCAGGACUGGGAAAUUGGUAAAAUGUUGGAUUCAUAUUUGUACAGCAGACAUUAUCUACUACUUACAGUACCUCACUCCAGUGGCAAAAGUGGAUGCAUCAGUUUAGGUUUUUCCAGGAGACCAACAAUAGAUUAAACAAAUUUAUAGGCCUAUAGUUUUUUUUUCCUUAACACAAUGCUGCACCUUUUCUCAAGAUAUUGUUUAGUAUGUAAAUGUAUGUGUGAUGGUAUGUUGUUGUUUUGUUUUUUUUGCAUUUGAAUGACAAAUAAAAUAUACAUUAAC